AUGGAGGCAGUCAGCUCACUUUAUAUUGUGACCGCGGCUCACUGCUUCGCAGCAACGGCGGACUACACCAAAUAUCACGAGGUCACCGCCGAGACGGAGCUGAAAACGUACUUUCCCGCAGAGAACUCGAAAAAUACCAUAUUCAAGCUGAAGAUCCACUCGAGGUAUAAGAAAACUGGGUUCAUAGCCGACAUUAAACACCCUCCCUAUACAAGGUUCACUGUCCACUACCCGCCGCUCUGCGCCCGCAUCCUCUGCAACGAUGACUCUGGCGAGCUCUCAACGGCGGACUACACCAAAUAUCACGAGGUCACCGCCGAGACGGAGCUGAAAACGUACUUUCCCGCAGAGAACUCGAAAAAUACCAUAUUCAAGCUGAAGAUCCACUCGAGGUAUAAGAAAACUGGGUUCAUAGCCGACAUUAAACACCCUCCCUAUACAAGGUUCACUGUCCACUACCCGCCGCUCUGCGCCCGCAUCCUCUGCAACGAUGACUCUGGCGAGCUCUGUGGCAUUGGCACGUGGACUUAGCAGUGCAGCAAUCGCGUCUUGCCCAACGUCUUCAUGAGCGUCUAUUACUAUCAGGAUUUCAUUAAUGAAACCAUUGCGGAUAUGUGCAAAUAUAAAUAACUAAUGU